AUGUCUCUCCUAGAUCUGCCCGGGGAGCUCAUCUUUCAGAUUGCGGGCUAUCUCGAGGAAUCAGACUUGAAUAGCUUCCUCCGGACAAACAGGACCGCGGCUGAAAUGCUAACACCAACGCUCUACGACAAAGGCUUUGCAACCGAACAUGGUUUUCGAUCGGAAGUGCUGGGUCACCUCCUCAACGCCGAUGAGGUGGCGGUUGCCAUGAAGUUCUACGGCAUCCUUCUAGCUAAAAUGACCUAUCCGCCCGCCGUGGAUUCUGAGCAACGCGGCGCCCAGGCAAAACCAUUCUGCAUCUCUCGUUUUCGCGCACUUCCCUGCCUCCGCGCCUGGAAGUCACUCUACAUUACCGAUUACUUUGCUAACCAUCUUUCGAAAUUCAAGAUUAACUCCUCCGCCAAUGACCAACGUCUUACCCUUCUACACAUUGUCUCCGAAAGCGGCAACGACACCAUCGCACGCACCCUCAUCGACAGCGGUGCCAACGUCAACGCAACGGACUACUACGGGCGCCGCCCGAUCCACCUGGCGUGCUGCGAAGGGAAAACAGAAGUAAUAAAGCUCCUACUUGAUUCGGGUGCCGAUAUCAUGGCCCAAGACAAUUUCGGCCUCACUCCGUUUGCGUAUGCCGCUCGAGUAGAUAACGCCGCUGCAUUGGAACUCGUGAUUGGGCGAGUCAGACUAGUCAACGGAGAUCUAUUCCUGCCCAAGACUGACGGCGCCACUCCACUUCACACUGCGGCCACAGAUGGCAGAGUGGACAAAGUUCGAUAUCUUAUUGAGUUAGGAGCGAACUCAUGCGCCGUUGACCGGCUUGGUCGGCCUCCCUUGGAGCAAGCAAUUGCACGAGGUAAAUUGGGCGCUGUUAAAAUACUGGUAGAGGACAUGAUGAGGCUGGGGUGGGAUGUAUCAAGCUUAUAUGCUGGGAGGACAGCACUACAUGAUGCUGUAUGGGUGAAAAGUAGAGAUAUGAUCGGGUUCUUGGUUCAGAAAGGGGCGAAUGCAAACAAACGUGAUGGGCUGGGGCAGUCAGCAAUAAAUCUUGCAGAAGAGUUGGGCGUGCCAUUAAAAUGGUUUCGGUGUCCAGGCACUUAG